CUCUUCAGGCCGUAUUCAUGUUGUACCUCCUAGAAAGAAGAAGGAGCGACCCGACGUCAUCCUUCCAUACAAUCUUGCUAGCAGUCUCAGCCAACUCACUCCAACUUCAUCUUCUGCUGCACCACUAACAUGAACACCUCCAUCUCCACCUCCAUCUAUCUUGACGCUGGAUUGACCAGAAGAGGUAAGAGGUAGAGUAGACGACACCAACAUGCAAGCCAUACGCGACAACCUCGUCUACAGCUCCGGCUACCUCCAAGGCCGCACUGCGAGCCUGCCGACCAGCUUGGGAGACCUAUAUGGCACCACCAUGUCCCAACUGACCAGCUUCGUGACAUUGCCGCUUCCACUCAUCUCCUUUCUGGCCAUACCACUCUACGGCAACUCCUCAACCACCGUCAGCUUGGCAUUCUUCUACUUGACCUGGAGCAGCCUAGUCUGGAGCAAAGGGCCGUUGACCAUCGAAUUAUAUGGUACCCUCACAGUCAGGUUACUGUGUUACCUGAUUCCAUCGCUCCUGGCCGUUGUCUUUGACUCUGCAUUACCGAAUCUGAGUCGGAAAAUCAAAGCUGACGGAAAGGAUCAUCUACCCCAUCGUCUGGGCCGCGAAAAGGUGCUGCGUAUAGUUGCUGUGGCCACUGGAAAUGUUUUCCUGGGAGUCUUGGUACAAGCAGCGCUGGAGCUCAUCACGACUCGUGUGUUCCUUCUUCGAAGUCUGCUGAAGGUCAGCAAAAUUGUGCCUAUGCCCUGGACUAUUCUCAAGGAUAUUCUGAAAGGCUUCAUGGUUCGUGGCCUCGUACACUACGUGGUCCAUCGAUAUCUACUGCACGAAUGGCAGUCAGUCUUGAAGGAUUGGCAUGUACAGUGGCAACAUGGUAUCUCCAUGACUCUCGGCAUUGGAGCAGCAUACGACCAUCCAGCCACAUAUCUACUUGCCGUCUUCUUGCCAACGUUUCUGCCAGCUGUGUUGUUCCGCUGGCACGUACUGACAUGGCAUCUAUUCCUGGCAUUGGUGUCACUCGAGGACUUCUUCGUGUUCUCAGGCUAUACAUCGCUGCCGUCGACAAUCAUCAUCGGCGGCAUGGCUCGCAGAAACGAGGCGCACUUCGCUUCGGUGAGAGAGAACAGGGGUAUCGGCAACUAUGGACGACUCGGAGUGCUCGACUUGAUGGUUGGCACGACAUGCCCUGACGAGGAUGAUGUGAUGGACGAUGUCCAUGAUGAAGUCGAAAAGCACAAUGUCCAGGAACACAUCUCUGAUGCAGUUGGCUCUGGCAUGACCAAGGUGCAGAACAAGCAAAAGUCUCGUCGCCGGAAGUGAGGUGAGGUCAGGUGAGAUGAGGUGUGAGCAUUUCACACGUUUCCGUAUGUUGUAUCUAUCUUCCCUCAAGCCACCUUGACGACGACUUUUCCAAAGUGUCCACCCGAGUAUAGAUACUGAAUCGCCUCAUCCGCAUGAGCAAAGUCAAAGACCUUGUCGACCACGGGACGAAUGGCAUGCUUGGCGUAAAAUGUGCACAUCUCCUCGAAGCGGUCUUUGGGUCCGUUCAAAAUACCUUUGAUGGUCACGUUGCGUCGCAGAGCAAGCAAAUUGGUAUUCAGACGGUCGUCACCAGCAGCGUCCACUUUGCCCGAUAGAUAGCCCACAGCAUCAAUCAGGCCUCCAAAGGCAAUGCAAUCGAAGCUCUUGCGGAGAGUUUGCGCUCCUCCCGUCUCGAGGAUGAUGUCAGCUCCGUUAUUCUUGGUGAUUCUGUUCACUUCAUGAUGCCACUCGGGCGUGGUCUUGUAGUUGAUUCCGUAGGUCGCCCCCAUCUUCUUUGCCCGAUCGAGUUUGGCGUCAGAGGAUGAAGUGAUGAUGGUUUCCAACCCGGCUGCAUGAGCAAUCUGCAAGCAAGAAAUUGCCACGCCCCCUGUUCCCUGAAUCAACACGGUCUGGUUCGCAGUGCUGUUGUCGUCGUCGCCGCCGUCGUCCGCCGGAUGACCCAUGGGUCUGAAUUGGUUGAUCGACAUCCAAGCAGUGACGGCAGCAAUCGGAAGAGUUGCAGCUUCCUCAUCAGUGAGAUAUUCGGGGACCGCAACGAGGGAUUCUUCUGCAAAGCAUCUGUAUUCCGUCAGGACGCCGGAGAGGGGCAGACCCAGGCCACUGGUCAUGUCUGUCUCCUUGAUUUGGCCGGUGAGAUGCGUUUGGUUGAAUAUGGUCAUUACUCGUGCGCCUUCUUGCCAUUUGGUACUGGCUCCUGCGUCGACAAUGAUGCCGCAGGCGUCAGAGCAUGGUACGAGGCUUUCCGGAGAGCCUACGGAUUUAUGGUGGUUGUACAAGCCCAUAAUCACUUCGGUAUCACGAUAGUUGAGCGACACUGCGAGGAUCUUGACAAGGACCUCGCCAUCUUUGGGCUGGGGCUUGGUGGUUGUGGUGAAGUGGAGCUGGUCGAGGCCAUCGAAGCCUGUCGUCCACUGCUUGAUUGCCGUCAUGUCUUCUCGUGUUGAUGAUCAAAUGUCCAUGAGGACACUGAAGCCGCAUACAUACCUUAGGUACCUACAGGUACAUUUAGUAGUACUCGCAUCCAUUUGCAUGAUUGGU